AUGAUUGUUUGGGUUCAACUCCCCGAGCUGAAGAUCCAUUUUUACCACAAGGAGGUCCUAACUACCUUGGGUAAUUUGAUCGGACGCACGAUCAAACUCAAUUACCACACCCUCACCCAGCAGAGGGCAAAAUUCGCCCGACUUGCAAUGGAAGUCGACGUUUCCAGACCCCUUGUCCCAAGGAUUUGGCUUGAUGAUGACUGGCAGCCCGUCGAAUACGAGAAUCUUUCCGUCGUCUGUUUUGAGUGCGGGAAAAUUGGCCACUCUACGGCGACCUGUCCCAAGCUCUGGCCAGUCUCUGUUCAUAAAGGAGUUGACAUCGCCGUCGGUAGCAUUCAGACUCCUUCGUCGGAGGUCUCGCCGGAGGCUAACGCGGGCUUCGGUCCGUGGAUGUUAGUUUCGCGAAAAGGGCGGCGUAACCCUAGGGAGUCACCAAAUAAAGGUAAGGAGAAGGAUUUGGGGACCUCCAAUAAAGGAAAGGAGAAAGAUUCGGGGAGUCACCAGCUUGGAUCCAUGAACAAGAACGGUAAAAACACUCUAAAAAUCAGUGAGCCAGAAGUUUCCUUACCGAUGGUGGCGCUUCAGAAUCCGCCACAGCCCCAACGUUCCUCUGGUCAAGUUAGGAAAGAAAACGGAAUCAAGCAUAAUGGGGAAGGGAGAAGAAACGGCAAAGAGCAAAUCAGGGAUGAAGAUUCUUCCGCUGGAAAAGGAUUGCUGGGCCCGGGUCCUCCUCAGGGGCCCAUUUCUAAGGAAGGGCAAAAGCCCAAAGCUGACAGUUCAGUCCCGUCGACGUCUAAUGUUCAGGUGUCUUUGGCCACUACUCUGAAUAGCGGGCCAAACUGUGGCACUUCUUCUGGGUCCGGUGCUCCAGUUAGCCCACCAUCCUUAGCCUUUACUCCUUCUACGCUGGUCACCACGGGCUCGAAUGGUACUGUUAUGCAAGUGGUGCAGGUGUCUUCUUCACAAAGUGAAGGGUUGCAACGACAGCCAGAACAAAGCUCUCCGUCAACUGCGAACAGAACGAAAGGGAAGAAGAAAGGCAAGGGGCGAACAGAGAAAAGAUCGCCGGCGAAGCUUAAUCCCAUUCGCCCGCUCCAGAUAUGGUCCCCGAUAAAGGAUAAGAGAACAAAAUCGAAAGCGAGGAUGGCAUCUCUCACUCUCCAUAAAAUUAAUGCUUGGACAGAAGCAGCCCAUUCGGUCACGAAGAGUUCGUUUGUUAAAGGAUCGAGUGAUGCCCCGCACUCUGUUCCGAGCCAAGAAGCUUCGCUGGGAGACCCGCCUCUUCCGGCGGUCUAA